AACAUGCCGGAUUGUUGCCUGGCAACACUGUACUAUAAAGCAGCUUCCUGCCCUCGUACCUGGCACUACGUCCCCAGCCACUCAUCUCAAGUGACGAAAGGGACCUGUUCUACGAAGGAAACAUGCGUGAGUGUAUCUCUGUCCACGUUGGUCAAGCUGGCGCCCAAAUUGGCAAUGCAUGUUGGGAGCUCUACUGCCUUGAGCACGGCAUCCAGCCGGACGGUCAGAUGCCCAGCGAUAAGACCAUUGGAGGAGGGGACGACUCCUUCAACACCUUCUUCAGUGAGACUGGUGCUGGGAAACAUGUGCCCAGAGCUGUUUUUGUGGACUUGGAACCCACAGUCAUAGAUGAAGUCCGGACAGGCACUUAUCGUCAGCUGUUCCAUCCCGAGCAGCUGAUCACUGGAAAGGAGGACGCAGCCAACAACUACGCCCGAGGUCACUACACCAUCGGCAAGGAGAUCAUCGACAUGGUCCUGGACAGGAUAAGGAAACUGGCUGAUCAGUGCACCGGUCUACAAGGUUUCCUCAUCUUCCAUUCCUUUGGAGGAGGCACUGGCUCCGGCUUCACGUCCCUCUUGAUGGAACGCCUCUCCGUUGACUAUGGAAAAAAGUCCAAACUGGAGUUUGCCAUUUACCCAGCGCCCCAGGUGUCCACUGCUGUGGUGGAGCCGUACAACUCCAUCCUGACCACCCACACCACCCUGGAGCACUCUGACUGUGCCUUCAUGGUGGACAACGAGGCCAUCUACGACAUCUGCCGUAGGAACCUGGACAUCGAGCGCCCCACCUACACCAACCUCAACAGGCUGAUCGGGCAGAUUGUGUCCUCCAUCACUGCCUCCCUUCGCUUUGACGGUGCCCUGAACGUUGACCUGACGGAGUUCCAGACCAACCUGGUGCCCUACCCUCAUAUCCACUUCCCUCUGGCCACCUAUGCUCCAGUCAUCUCUGCGGAGAAGGCCUACCACGAGCAGCUGUCAGUGGCCGAGAUCACCAAUGCCUGCUUUGAGCCGGCCAAUCAGAUGGUGAAAUGUGACCCUCGCCACGGCAAGUACAUGGCCUGUUGUCUUUUGUUCCGUGGAGACGUGGUUCCCAAAGAUGUGAACUCUGCCAUCGCCACCAUCAAGACCAAACGCACCAUCCAGUUUGUGGACUGGUGCCCCACGGGCUUCAAGGUGGGCAUCAACUACCAGCCUCCCACUGUGGUUCCUGGAGGAGACCUGGCCAAAGUCCAGAGGGCAGUGUGCAUGCUCAGCAACACCACUGCUAUCGCAGAGGCCUGGGCUCGACUGGACCACAAGUUUGACCUGAUGUAUGCUAAGAGGGCCUUCGUCCACUGGUACGUCGGAGAGGGAAUGGAGGAGGGAGAGUUCUCUGAGGCCAGGGAGGACAUGGCAGCUCUGGAGAAGGAUUAUGAGGAGGUGGGAACUGACACCGUUGGGGACGAAGGUGAGGAAGAGGGAGAAGAAUAUUGAAUGGGCAACGAGACUGUGGUGACCGUCCAGCCUAACAUGUCCUUUUAGACAAGUCCUGAAGCCUACAGUUGAUCUUGAGUGUUGAGUUUUUCCCUCAGUCUUGUUUCAAUCCUUUUGUUCUGUUGUUGUUUACUGAUAAAUAAAGACUUGAAAAGAC